GAAAGAGUGCUGGCAAAGCAUUUCUUACCCCAUGGAAAGCACUUUUAAGACUGUCAAACUUUGAAAGAGUAUUCAUUUCAGCAUUUUGAGUGCAAUUCAUAACUUUACUCUUUUAUUAAUCCACUUCAGCUUAACAUACAAAUAAGGAUACCUGGUUUUAUGACAAUCACAGAAGAACUCUGAAUCUGACAAAAGUCACAAAGAAAGUAUUCUCCAUAGUCAACACAGGAGCAGAUCUUCACCAGCUCAGUGAAAGCCAGAGACAUUUUUCCGUGCAAGAAUGAAGACUUUGCAGACUACCUUUUUCCUGUUCGCGUUUGUACCUUUGGUAAACUCAGCACCACCUAAACAGCAAGAAUCACUCCAGUUUUAUGACUAUGAUACAGAUGUUACCUUGGGAAGCCUGAUCCAACAAGAUUAUGAAAUGCAAUCCAAGGAUAUAAUAAAGGAUGGAACAAAUGUUUCUCUUGACACUUCUCUAAGACUGCAAGGGGAUGACAGUGAACGCAAUGCACCACCAACAAAGGACACAAAUUUACCUACUUGCCUGCUCUGUGUGUGUUUAAGCGGAUCGGUGUACUGCGAGGAAAUAGACAUCGAAGCUGUACCCCCACUGCCAAAGGAAACAGCGUAUCUUUAUGCACGAUUUAACAAAAUAAAAAGGAUAGCAGUCUCAGAUUUUGCUGACAUUACUACCUUGAGAAGAAUUGAUUUUAGUGGAAAUAGGAUAGAAGAAAUAGAAGAUGGAGCCUUUUCAAAGCUUCUGUUAUUGGAAGAACUUUCUCUUGCUGAAAAUCGACUUAUAAAACUUCCUGUUCUACCUCCCAAACUAACAACAUUUAACGCAAAUCAAAAUAGAAUCAAGAGCAGAGGAAUCAAAGCAAAUGCUUUCAAGAAGCUGACAAAUUUGGCCUACCUCUACUUAGGACAUAACGCACUGGAAUCUGUUCCCCUUAAUUUACCAGAAAGUCUGCGUAUUCUUCAUCUUCAGUACAACAACAUUACUACAAUCACCGAUGACACAUUCUGCAAAUCUAAUAACACCCGUUACAUCCGCUCAAGUAUGGAUGAGAUAAGGAUGGAAGGCAAUCCGAUCCUCUUGGCAAAGCACGUCAAUGCUUUUUCCUGCUUGAGAACACUGCCUGUAGGAACAUACUACUAGCCACUACUCAUGCAAUUAUAUGUGCCAAAACUUAAGCAUGGUAACAAAAGAUCAUUCUUUUUCCUCUGUUUACACAUUUAAUAUCCUCUCCUUUACUAAUGCCAUUUUCCCUGCAUAUCCAGAACAUUUUACUACGUUGUAAUGUGGUUCUCCUCCAAAAUAACUAUUUCAAAACAGCCACUUCAUUUAGUAGUUACAGUGUCACCCUUGCUUUCAGAAUCUUUUCUGUUAAUGGAAGUGUAAAAAUACAUAUAUGCACACACGUAUCUUCUCAAGUUUUAUUUCGCCACCACAUAUUUUUUACCACUAGGUAAAAUCACAGAAGCAACUGCUUGUUCCCAUUCUUUACCAGUACUCAGACAAAUAACUAUAUUUUACUUUCAGAUAAAUGCAAAAUAUUCUUAGAGCAAGCUACAGAGGAAAAAAUACAUCUUGAUUCCAAUCCCACUUUUUUAGUCUGAAAUGAAACUUUUUCAAUUGACCUUCAAAAGCAUAUUGGAUGAAGUUGCAUACAAAAGAAAGUCAUGUUUAGAAACAGAAGCUCUCAAAUAUUAAUUUCAUUAAAGCUUCCUUAAAACUCGGCUUGGGGCAAAUGAGAAUAAUUCCUAUUCAGGCUUAGUGUACCAAGCAACAUAGCAAGUGGAACUUUUCAAAGAUGUGUUAAAUCUCCUACUAUUUUGCUUUCAAAACAAUCUAAGUGUGUGUGUGCAUUUUACACACAGUAUUUUUAAUGGAAAUAUAUAAAUUUUGCUCAGCUGUACUCACAAGAGUCAUUUUUACAACACAAUCUUCCCAUUUUAAUACAAUGGUCAAAGUACAGCAUAGCAUGACUCCAAGUAUCUUUGUUAUUAACUGAUGAUGUAGACCAAGCCUUGUUCCACUUUUUUUUUUGACAAGGAUAUGUGACAAUACAAUUAAUAGCAAAUCUGAAUUAGUGUUUUUGCCUGUAAAUAAGUAAGAUUCCAGCUAGAUGUCAGUGCAAAGAAACAGGAUUACCCUUGUGCAAUAAUACUUUAGCUCAUUAGGGGAAAAAAAAAAAAUCAAAUCAGAUCUUUAAAUUAAAAAUUUAAUUAAAAAUGAUUCCAUCAUUAAUUUAAAAAUAGUGUUAACUUCAAGUAUCAUUUCACUCAACUACUUUAAACCAUUCAAUGUAUUAAAAAUACAAAUCAAUGUGUACAGGCCUCAAAAGUCAGUUCACGUAAAACUAGACAUAAUUGAUAGAAGACACAAUGAUUUGAAUUACACAACUGUACAUUUCUGACAUUCAUUUUUAGUUUCUCCCCUCAAAUACCUACCACAGGUCUAGACUCUUCAGAUAAAUGUACUUUGUUCUAAUUUUGAAGCUAGUAUAGAUUCCUAAUUUGUAGAAAUAGUUAAGCAUCAAAUGCAUGAUGAUGUAGUGAUACAUCUAGCAUACUGAUUUUACAGGAUAUUUUGUAUUAGUUUUGUUUAUCUUAUUUAGCUAAGCCUUGAUUUAUUAGUGCUUGUGCUAUGGGGAAUUAAGAGCACACUUAAUUCUGACCAUACUGAUACUCUGCCACUAAGAUUGUUGAGAUCUAAGUAAUUUUCAAUUGCUUUUUAAGUAACUACAUCAAGUAUCAAAAGUGGGCUCAUCUUUCUGGAAAGAGGCUGCAAUUAUGAAGUUCAGGACAAAAAUAUUUUUGCCCUGAACCCAAAGAAAGACACAGCAAUCCCCAAAAUCUUCCACUUUAAGUUAUUUGGUAUAACAAGAAAGAAAUUCCAUUGUCUUAGUACAAUUGAGAACAAAACCAAAGUCCAACAGUGAGAAUAAUAUUGGCUUUUCAUUUUCCCAUGUAAGUCAUAAAACUUUGACGUUUCCAGACUUUUAGCAAAAGGUAAAAAAAAAAACAAAAAACAAACCAAACCCAAAGCAUGUAGAAAUACAUUCCCACUUCAAGCCAAAUUCAUACUAGGAAAAAAAUCAAAGCCAUCCGUUCUCUCAUCCCUCUUUUGAUAAACGCCUAAGAUGGAGAAAACAGCUAGAAGCAUAAGUGUAAUAAUGUUAUAGAAGCAGUGGCCACUGAUCUUAUUCUCAUCACAAAUCAUCAUUACUAAAUAAAGCUCUUUCCAGCAUUGAUAGAAUCAGCAAAUAUCACCAGAACUCUUCCUAUGAAAACAAUUAUAUGUGUAUACACAAAUACAAGCACAUUUAUAUAAACACAUGUAAACAUUCUAAGACCUAACCAUUAUCACCAUUAUCAUCAUUAUUACUUUUACAUGAAAAUGUUGUACAUAUUUUUGAAAAAGUAGUAAAUAUCAAUAGUAAUACUAAUUAACGCUCUUAAUAUUUUGUGAGCAAACCCAAGUAGACAACUGGUACCUUCUGAAUAACUUACUGCUGCACGAGGCAUCUCAUAUGUUUUAAUUUGCUUUCCUGAUUCAUAGCAAGUUAACUCAUCAAAAUAUUAAAUAAAAAGGGCUUCAGUAUGCAGGAUUUUUUGCCUUCUAUUUGUGUGCCCAGUACUAACAUCAAGCUGAAUGUACACCAUUCUAUUUUUUCCUACCACUCAUUCCUGUUCUGUAUUUCCAAUAAAACUUGAAUAUUUUUUUCUUGUUUAUCAAUAUCAGCUUCAAUGUGCUCUUCCAGCAAUGCCAACAUGCUUCAGUUGUUCAGCAUCAUAACAGAUUAAAGGUGUGUCCAGAAAAGAAAA